GACUUCUAUAUAGUGAUUAUCGGAUUGCUGCUUACAUGUGUCUGACCGUUCAUGGAGAGAAGCUUCCGAACGGGAUCGUCUUGACCAUGCCCUUGCAUCGUGUCUGUCUCCACUCCCUUAUUGAACCUCCUUCCUUUCAUACAUGCAUGCUUCCAAUUCGGCACUCCUUCAUUUCCGGGUUACACGUGUUGUUUGAGUUUCGUUGGCUGGAUGCACUAUGGCUGAACGUGUAGACGAUUCACACACUGGGAAGGAGCUCACUUCUCGUCUCCUCCACACUCAUUCUAGCGAUUCACUAACUUUGCAUCAAGAUUUUCUUUGAUGAGUCAAAAGAAUCUUUGCCCAGACAUCGAGCAAUUAUGCGAACACGUCUUAGCGAUGGAUAGGCGAUUCGGGGCAGUCGCUCAUUCAUUCGCUGAAUUGCGCUGCUCUAUACCACUACCUCUUGUUUCCGAGACACAGCGGUUCGAGGAGAAAUGGAAGUCACUGCGUAAUUGUUUUCAUUAGGAUUUUGGCAAGGCCGUCUCAUAUGCCCGGAAUGUCAUGGACAAGUCGGAAAUCAUGAUGAGCGAUAUUAGCCGACGAUUGAUCAAGGAUAUCCUACUCGAGUCAAAAUUUAUUGAAUCUACCUCGACAAUAUCCACAAUGAUUCGUGACUAUCGAACACGUGUAUCGCAGGAAAGAAUCAAUUCUGUGCAUGCAAUCCAAGGUUUCAACGUGAUACGACUGUCAUUGCAGGGAUUCGCUGUAGAAUACAGGACUCUUCGCAACGUGACUCGGUGGUCUAGCAUGUCAGAUACGCCGCACGAGACGGUCACUCUCGAAGUCAGCAAAAGCUUAGCAGACAUACAGCAAGCGGUCAGUAUAUACAUUGGUCUCUUUAUUCCAGGCUGGAGCUUUCGCAUGCAGGCACUUUGGGGAAAGGUUGAGACGAUCGCUAUGAUCUGGGAUAUGGUCGAAUCUAACUUGAAGGACGUGGAAGACAUGGUGUAUUGUGAAAUUCGCAAUCCUCAGGGAAAAGUACUCCCAACAUAUCUCCGUCUCAUGAUCGAAUCUCACCUACGUAUACAGUCACCACCCACUCUAUUCCUCAGCAGAGUUCGCAGCAUAGACGAAGAUCAGCAAGCGCAUUCGGAUUAUAUAAGAAGGCUACAAACCGCUCUUUCGUCGUCGGGCGCUGAUUUCCAAGGCUUGUCCAUCGUCAAUUUUGCAUCUCAAUUUCCGGCUACUUCCUAUACCGGUGCCAAUGCAAGGCUUAUCCCAGCCGAGUACGAACUUGGGAUCAACAGGGAGAGCGAGGAAAAGCUCAGGAGGGAAGUAAGGCAGCUUACGGCGGAUACACUUUCUAUCGAUUCGUCUUUCGAAUCAAUCUCGUGCUUGCUCAGAGAAGUCGGGAAUUGUAAAGGAAACUUACAGCUUUCUGCCAAUGCACAGCGACUCGGCUCGACGUGGAUAGAGCUUCGCAAGAAAUAUACCACUCUGCUUUGGCAAUCCCGCGAGGUUGCGGGUUACGCUAGUGCUGCUGCUGAAGACUUUGCCGACGUAUUCAUAGAUACGGUCUUACUUGACCGUGAUAUCGGUUUUACUCAGAUGAAAGAAGAAAUUAGCAAAUGCAAAGAGACUGCUUAUCGACACAACGCACGAGCCAAGUCGAUCGUAGAUGGAUUUGAGAGACUGAAGAUUGAAGUAGAACACUUUUAUGCCGAUUGGCUCAACUGUACGCAGAAAUGCCGCCCUAGCGACAAACGAAGCAAAGAGCACAUCGCAAAGACUGAAGCCGCUCUCUAUCGCCUUAAGUUCAAGAUUGUGUCGAUUUACGUGGCCGUGGGUCUCCUUUUUGCGGCCGCAGGUGCGGUAACUGUUGUGCUGGCGAUCCAUGGUGUCGCCGGAGUCGAUAUUCUUGGAGUCGUAACUUCUGACGCCUUAAAAUCUCGGAUUAUUUCUGUUCGGGAAGCUCUGAGAGACAAACACUCUUCACUCAAACAACGAAUCAGAGAUAUAAAUACUGAACAAGAUAAUGAUUCUCGAAAGACUAUGAGCGAUUUCCAAAAUAUUGCGACAAAGCUUGGCGCUAUAGCCUCUAUUUGGAGUAAUAUCGUGGGAGAUCUCUCAGAGGUUGAGAGUAUGAUUGACUUACUUCUGUGCACGAGUGAACAACCUGAGAUGUAUGACAUCUUCGUGAAACGGCUCCGUGGUAUGCGAGAUGUGUAUGCAACUCUUGGCAGUGUUUUCCGCGAGUACCAGGUUGCCGUUAGUCGGGAAUCCCCACAGUUCAAGGAUAUAGGCAAACCCAGUCGCUAUGCCUUUUGAUCAGUUGAGUCUUAUUUUGGUAUCACAUUGUACUCACUCAUCUUAUACAACACUUUUUGGAAUAGCCGAGUUUCGAAUAGUAUAUACAUGUACGUACGGUUGAUAUUUCAAGGACAAAAUGUUUUCGUCCGCUUGUUGAGAUUUGCGAAUGAGAAAAAAGGACUGCCCCAACUUACGGAACUUGAUUACGUUCUGGAUACAUGGAAAAAUGCGGUGGACCUGACAAUGCCCUGUCGAUAGUGCGGCAAGAGUAAACUACAUUAUGAUGA